UGGCCCUCCCUUACGGUACUUGGCGGCCCGUAGCUUAGUUUCGGCCAGUUAUCAUUUCUAAAAAAACAAAAAAAAGGGUUCCAUGUUAACAUUACAUCAACCCAAAACUCCAAAAAAAAUACAAUUGAAUAUUUUGUGGCACUCCGACUUCUUUUGGUUUUUGACUUUUGUUCGGGGUUGAUUUGAUUCGGGAGCGUUGCAAACUGGCUCUUCGCGUCGAUCUAGCUUAAGCACUGCCACUCACAACCUCCUAGCCAGCUGUACCGGACAGAGCUGAAGUUUGGGCGGGAAUUACUUUCAGCUCAAACUCAACCUGAUUCAUUUCUAGGUGUCGCCAAGAUCCGGAAAGCAACAUGCCAUCCGAUAAACAAGACUACAGAGGCCGGUCGCAAUCACCAGCGCCUCGGUCGCGUCGUGAGAUGAGCAACCGCAGUGGGCGUCACGACGAUGACCACACCCAUCGCCGCCGACGCAGGGAUGAAGACAGUGUUGAUGAAGGGCGGUCUCACAGACAUCAUCAUCAUCAUCACCGAUCACAUAGGCGGAAACGGAGUAGGUCACCGGAGCGGCCCUCCUCAUCGAAACGCAGCAGACCUACGGCCGCUUCGAUGAUGUCGGAUGAGGAUGGUGAUGCUGGCGGGACAAGGACAGGGCCGAAGCAGCUGCCACUUGGAGCACGGGCUCUGUCUCGGCACGGCGACUACAACGCUUUCGAGCCUUUGUUCGCCAACUACCUUGACUUGCAUCAUCAGGUUGACGUCUUUGAGCUCUCUGGCCGCGAGCUACAGCAGCGGUGGCGCUCCUUCGUGCGCAGGUGGAACGCUGGGAAGUUAUCAGAGGGUUGGUACGACCCGGAAAUGUUUGCACGGGUCACGAAGGAAUGGGAGGGGGAGGAUGGUAAGGCGGCCCGCGCGGCAGCUGCUACUUCGCGGGGGACAUUGUCACCGGACAGGAUGAGGAGACGAAGUGUGUCUGGUUCCACUCCACCAAAGCGUGAUACAUUAGAGGCAGACGAUGUUCAGCGUCGUGCGGAGCAACAGCACGAUGAAGACGAAGGCGGGGAAGACAGCGACGACGAGUACGUCCCACCGCUUCCUCCUCCAGCAGGCGCCGAAGUCGCGCUGGCGCACGGAUGGAAUGACAAGAGAGAGCGUCAAGGCCCAGGGAUACCCAGCAUGCAGGACCUCGACGUACGCCAUGCCGAGGAGGAAGAGGCGCAACUUCGGUCUCGGGAUGAUAUCCGCCUCGCUCGGCGCGCGGACAGGGCGGAGCAAAAGGAGCGCCUGGACGAGAUCCUGCCGCGCGCGGCGGCCGGGACGCGGGAGCGGCAGCUCGAAAAGAAGCGCAUGGUCAACGAAAAGAUGCGAGGGUUUCGCGAGGGUUCAGCGGGGGCUACGGAGGAGGCAGGCGAUGGGGAGCUUAUGGGUGAGGGCGGCGGGGUCAGCGACUACAAGGCCGCGUUGGCACGAGAGCAGAGGAAGAAGACGGAGAGGGAGGUUAGGAAAGAGGCCGAGGCGCGCGCCAAGGUGGAAGAGCUGCGGCAGCGGAUGAAGAGGUAUCAGGAAAAGGAGGAGCGGACCAUCGGAGCUCUGAGGGAGUUGGCGAGGCAGAAGUUUGGUGGGUGAAGUUAAGGGGGGCGGUUUGUCGAUGUUUGCCGCGCGAGGAGUUGAGCGGCUCCCUAAACUGGGUGGAUUUAUCGUUCAAAACUUAAUGAUGACGGCCUCCGUUGUACACAUCUGCUGUGUAGACUCAAUUUUUGCAAUAAUCGAUGGGAUGGGAUGGGCGAGCUAGGCGUCUGCGUGCCUGGAUUUGGCUGUUCGGAUGAGGUUCAGCGCUACCAAUUAUGGUGAGUGUAUGACGUCGCAGGUGGAAUCAACAAAGGGGCCACCGAGACAAAUUUACAACGUAGAUGGCGAGUGCCGCCGGAUUCCUUUGGGCUUGGUUUUCCUUCCACCUUUGAGGCAGAAUCUUUAAAGGUGGUCAAUCGAUCAUUCCCAUCGACCAAGAAACAAUUUUGUUGAACUGAUUUGUCUGCAUCUUUCUGUUUCUCCCACCCUGGUACUGGAGCUGAUAGCUGAUAGCCGCCCACUCCAGGCAAGC